CUAGACAAGUUACACAGGGAGGCGUGCGUGCGUGUGUGUGUGUGUGUGUGUGUGCGCGCGCGUGCGUGAGUGUAUGUGGAUUUUUUUUUUUUUCUUUCAGCAUCAAAACACACACAGGUGAGUAAAAUGUCUUACCGGAAAAAUAUCCUGAUGUCCGGGCUUAAUGGCGGCUUCAGAAGACUACCGAUGUCGCGCGCGAGCCGAGCGGAAGCUGUUCACUCCAAAAGAGCGCUCGCACAUUUCCGUGGCUUGGAUCACGCGCGGGCCGGCAGCGAGAUCCACGUUGACUUUGAGCAGACUAAAGAGGCCUACAAGAGCAAAGGCACCACAGAGCUGCUCAGAGGUCUGCUGGUCUUUAAACUCUGCUCCUAUGACUUCCUGGUGGAUAGAAAUAAAGAGAUAAUGGACCUGAGUAAGAAGCUGCUGGGUCAGACGAUGUUUGAGAAACUGAUGAAAAUGACGUUCUACGGUCAGUUUGUGGCAGGAGAGGAUCACAAGUCCAUCAAACCCCUGAUUAAAAAGAACAAGGCCUUCGGAGUGGGAGCCGUGCUGGACUACAGCGUGGAGGAAGACCUGACGAAGGAAGAGGCUGAGACAAAAGAGAUGGAAUCGUGUGUGUCGGUGUCAGAAAAAGAAAACCCCGGAGUGAAUCACAGGGAGAGGAUGUUCACAGCCCAUCGGAAGUUUGGCGACCGGAGGGACGGCGUAACGAGCGCUCGCACGUAUUUCUACGCUGACGAGGUGAAAUGCGACCAGCACAUGGAGACUUUUCUCAAGUGCAUCAAGGCGUCAGGUGGAAGCUCAGUGGACGGUUUCUCCGCCAUUAAGAUGACCGCACUUGGACGCCCACAGUUCCUGCUGCAAUUUUCCGAGGUGCUGGUGAAAUGGAAACGUUUCUUCAGCCUCCUGGCGGCGCAGCAGGGGAAAGAUGGCCAAGAGGUGCUGGACAGGAAACUGGACCUCGAGCAGCUGCAGACUUUUCUGACACAUCUGGGAGCCAAAGGCGACAUUCGUGACUGCUUCAACAACGAGAAGCUGUGCUCUUCAGGCACCAUCGACAUGCUAGACUGGAACGGUCUGAUCGACGAGAGGACCAAGAUAUCCGAUCUUCUCUUGGUGCCCAACCUUGAGACGGGCCAGCUGGAGCCUUUGCUGAAGAAAUUCACAGAGGAAGAGGAGAAGCAGAUGAAGAGGAUGCUUCAGAGACUCGAUGUACUUGCUAAACAUGCGGUAGAGAACAGCGUGAGGUUGAUGGUGGAUGCAGAACAGACGUAUUUCCAACCCGCCAUCAGCCGCCUGACUUUGGAGAUGCAGCGCAUAUUCAACCGAGACAAACCCAUCAUCUUUAACACCUACCAGUGUUAUCUGAAGGAAGCUUUCGAGAACGUGUGUGUGGACAUAGAGCUGUCGAGGAGAGAGGGCUGGUGUUUCGGAGCUAAGCUGGUACGGGGGGCGUACAUGCACCAAGAGAGGAGUCGAGCGCAGGAAAUCGGCUACGAUGAUCCCAUCAACCCGGAUUACGAAUCCACGAGCCGGAUGUACCACAGGUGUUUGGACUACAUACUGGAGGAAAUCCACAGGAACGGGAAAGCCAGUGUCAUGGUGGCGUCACACAAUAUAGACACUGUGAAACACACAAUCCAGAGGAUGAAUGAAAUGGGACUUGCACCGACUGACAGAAAGGUGUAUUUCGGUCAGCUGCUUGGGAUGUGUGACCAGAUCAGCUUUCCUUUAGGUCAGGCAGGUUUCCCGGUGUACAAGUACGUACCGUACGGCCCGGUGAACGAGGUGAUCCCGUACCUGUCCCGGCGUGCUCAGGAGAACCGAGGCAUGAUGAAAGGAGCACAGAUGGAGCGCAGUCUACUGUGGAAAGAGCUGGUACGCAGACUCACCAGCGGAGAACUGUUCCACACACCCUCUGUGUAAAAGACACACACUCUUAUUUGUGCUUCACUCAGGAGACUUCCUCUGUCUAGGCCUGUUCUAAGUUAGACACCUACAGAGCUACUGAAUAAACUUCAGCAGCAUCUCAUGGGAUUUAGACACGUCUGUUUUUCUUCACCUCCUCUCUAUCCUGCCUUAUUUUCUCCAUUUUUACAGAGAAGAGGACCAUAACGUCUAAAAAAAAAUACACACAAACCACAAUAAUGUUUCAGCCGUAUUAAUUACUCCAAAACAGCUUCAAAAUUCACUUCCUGGUUUAGUUCUUUUAAUAUUAAUCCCAUUGUCUUGUUAAUGCUGUAAAACUACAUUCAUGGGAUGAAAUGGAGUGUUGUAUUAGGGUUGUGCAAAUGUAGGAAAUGAAUCAACACUGGAUUGUUGUGAUGAAGUGAAGCAGUCGCUGUUAUUUUUCCGAUUUCUGCAUGUCAAGUAUUAACACUUUAUCACUGAUGUACACUUUAACCAUUUACAGUUACUUUUAAUGCUGUGGUACGCACACAUAACAAGGUACUUCCUGUUAUCGCUUAUGCUACAGCAAACAGUCGUUACUUUACCAGGAUAGGCGCGUGAGGCUUGUCGUGUUACUGUGCACUGAAACUGAAGAAAUGUUGAGUUAAAUGUUACUCUCUUCUUAUUGAACACUUCACUGUAUAGUUGUUGCUCUAGAAAAAGAAACAUAUCAGAAUGUUCAAAUAAACCUGUGAUUUUUAGCUGAAAUUAUUGCUGCUGUUGUAUGAAAUUAAUAAACAACUUCUCACCAAUCGGAA